AUGAGUAGCACGAAUGUGACUUUCCAGAUUGACAAGGGACUUGCACUCUUUCACACAGAUGUGUUGCAUACAUUAUUGCCUCCAGCAACAGGAGAUACUUCUUUUUCUUCAGUUCUUUGUUCUUAUUUUCUCUUUUUUUCUCUCAGUAAUCGUAUUUUGUCAAUAUUGCCUUUCUUGUUUCUUUGCCUUUUCUGCUUUAUUUUAUUUAUCUCUCUUUUUCCUCCCUUUGAUUUUCAUUUUUCCUUUCUUUUUCUACUUUCGCCAUUUUCUGCCUUCUUUCCUUUUUUUUCUCUUAUCUUCACUUGCAUUUCUUUCCUCUUUUUCCUUUUCACUAUCCAUUUUCUUCCUUUCAGUUUCAUUAUUUUUUUUUUUUUUUAUAUUUCUGCCUUUGUUCUUUCAUUCUCUCUUUUCUUCCUUCAUUUUCCUCUUUUUCCUUCUAUUUCUUUGAAUUUUUUUUCUUAUUUCUCUGCAUUGGUUCUCUCUUUUUCUUUCUUCUUUUAUUCCCCCCCUUUAUUUCAUUUUUCUUUGUUCUUUUCUUAUUUCUCUACAAUUGUUCUUCCCUUCUUUCUUUUUCUCCUUUUCAUUCUCCUCUCUUUUCCUAUUUAUUUCCCGGAAUCAAAAGGAUCUCCACAAUCCACCUAA